GAGAGGCCUGCCUGUGCCACUUGGAGCCCUCCCCACCCCCGGGCAAGCGGACUCCCCUCUGCGAGGACCCAGAGAGGCCAGGUGCUGCCUGCAGAGGCUGAGCGCUGUGGAGCCAGAGGAGGACAAGCAAAGCCAUGAUAUUUCCAUGGAAAUGUCAGGAUGCACAGAGGGGCUUGUGGAUCACCAAGUGGUGGAUCUGGACAGUGCUCUGCUGGGAAUUCCUGGCCCAUCAUGGAACGGACUGUUGGACUUACCAUUAUUCGGAAAAGCUCAUGAAUUGGCAAAGUGCUAGAAAGUUCUGCCAGGAAAAUUACACGGAUUUAGUUGCCAUACAAAAUAAGGGAGAAAUUGAGUAUCUGGAGAAGACAGUGCCCUUCAACCGUCAUUACUACUGGAUAGGAAUCCGGAAGAUAGGGAAUACAUGGACAUGGGUGGGAACCAACAAGCCUCUCACUGCAGAAGCCGAGAACUGGGGAACCGGGGAGCCCAACAACAAGAAAUCCAAAGAGGACUGCGUGGAGAUCUACAUCAAGCGGACAAGAGACUCCGGCAAGUGGAAUGACGAUGCCUGCCACAAACGAAAGGCGGCCCUCUGCUACACAGCUUCCUGCCAGCCUGGGUCAUGCAGUGGCCAUGGAGAAUGUGUGGAGACCAUCAACAAUCACACCUGCAGCUGUGAUGCUGGACACUACGGGCCCCAGUGUCAGUUUGUGGUCCAGUGUGCGGCUUUGGAGACCCCGGAGCUGGGCAGCAUGGUCUGCACUCACCCUUUUGGGACCUUCAGCUUUGGCUCACAGUGUGCCUUCAACUGCUCUGAGGGAACACACCUAGCUGGGAUGGAGGAAACACGCUGUGGCCCUUUUGGGAACUGGUCAUCUCUAGAACCAACCUGUCAUGUGAUCCAGUGUGAGCCUCCAACAGCACCUGACCUGGGGUCCAUGGACUGCACUCACCCUCUGGCCAACUUCAGUUUUACCUCCACGUGCACCUUCAGCUGCUCAGAGGGAACUGAGCUAAUUGGGGAGAAGAGAACCGUUUGUGGAUCAUCUGGACUCUGGUCCAGUCCUCCUCCGAUAUGUCAACAAUCAGACAGAAGUUUCUCAAUGAUAAAGGAAGGUGACUAUAAUCCCCUCUUCAUACCAGUGGCCGUCAUCGUCACUGCAUUCUCUGGGCUGGCGUUUAUCAUUUGGCUGGCGAGGCGAUUAAGAAAAGGCAAGAAAUCUCAGAAAUGCAUGGAUGGUUCAUACUAACCCACCCUGUGAAAGAAGCUCCUGAGGCACUGAAGACGUGGCCCUUCAGAGAGGCUCCGCAGGAAGGGCACAGGGCGUUCCCUACGGCGCACCUGGAAGAAUUUCCACGUGGCAACAGCUCCUUCUGCUCUCAUUUUGCCCCUUAUUCAACCCCUGGCUCCGAUCCCCCCAUAGUUGUUAAUAUGGCUCAGUCUUUUAAUAUCUUCUCUUUGGGGAAACAAUAGGGUAAAGCAUUGUUAUGGAUAUUAAGACCCCUGACAUUGUUCUUUCCUAACUCGUUUCAAUUAAAAGCUCUACCUGAUGACACC